UGAGUGUGAUUUGUAUGUGUUCCAUCCAUAUGUGUGUACGAAAAUAUACAGAUUUGGAAAAAACGAGGAAUUGCCAAACAAUUUGUAAAUACUCCGAUUUAAAAUGGGAGUACCCGCAUUCUUCCGAUGGCUGAGCAAAAAGUAUCCGUGCGUCAUUAUCGAAUGUAAUGAGAACAAGCAAGUAGAUCCGGACACGGGAAAGAAUAUCUACGAGGAUGCAACGUUGCCCAAUCCCAAUGGGGUCGAGUUCGAUAACCUCUAUCUCGAUAUGAACGGCAUUAUACAUCCAUGCACACAUCCCGAGGACAAACCGGCACCCAAAAAUGAGGAGGAAAUGAUGAUCGCUAUUUUCGAGUGCAUUGAUCGACUUUUCGGCAUUGUUCGCCCCAGAAAACUCCUCUAUAUGGCUAUUGAUGGCGUUGCGCCCAGAGCGAAAAUGAAUCAACAAAGAUCCCGAAGAUUUCGCGCUGCAAAAGAAGCAACCGAAAAGCGUUUGGAAAUUGAGCGCAUUCGAGACGAACUUUUAACACGAGGCUGCAAACUGCCGCCGGAAAAGGAGAAGGGCGAACACUUCGACUCGAACUGUAUAACGCCAGGAACACCUUUUAUGGAUAGAUUAAGUAAAUGCCUGCAUUACUAUAUACAUGAUCGCCUGAACAAUAACCCGGCAUGGAAAGGAGUAAAAAUUAUAUUAUCCGAUGCCAACGUGCCCGGAGAAGGCGAACACAAAAUAAUGGACUACAUACGGAAGCAGCGUGCACAGCCGGAUCAUGAUCCCAACACGCACCAUGUGCUUUGUGGGGCUGAUGCAGAUCUGAUAAUGCUUGGGCUGGCGACUCACGAGCCGAACUUUACCAUAAUUCGUGAGGAGUUUCUGCCCAAUAAGCCACGACCAUGUGACGUUUGUAAUCAAUUUGGUCACGAGAUGGACAAGUGUGUUGGGCUGAGUGCCGUUGGCUCCAAUAAUAUAAAUAGUCCACCCGAUGUUCCAAUUGGAGCCGAAGUGAAAUUCAUAUUUGUCCGAUUGAGUGUGUUGCGAGAAUAUCUAAGGAAAACUCUUGAAAUGCCCAAUUUACCGUUUAGCUAUGACUUUGAGAGAGCUCUAGACGAUUGGGUAUUCAUGUGUUUCUUUGUGGGCAACGAUUUCUUACCUCAUCUACCCAGUUUAGAGAUCCGAGAAGGUGCCGUCGAUCGAUUGGUUGAGUUGUACAAGAAAUGCGUGUAUAAAGCCAGAGAUUAUUUAACCAACUCAGGUGACGUCAGUUUGGACAGGGUUCAAUUAAUCAUGACCGACUUGGGCAAUGUGGAGGAUCAAAUAUUCAAAGAUAGACAACGAAGGGAACAGCAAUACAAGGCCAGACAGAAACGGGAAAAUCACAAAGCUUUGGAACAGAGCGCUUUUGGACCGAUGGCAGUUGGACGAAAUAACGCCGCUGUAGAUAAGAUAAUAACGAAUUAUAAACAGGAAGCAUCUGCUGUACGAAUGGGAUCAAAUGAUUCGCAGGGCACCAAACGUUCGAGUACAAAUGCAAAUUUAGAUGAUGCGGACGAGGAGGAGAAUAACGAUGAAGUGCGACUUUGGGAGGAUGGAUUCAAAAACAGAUAUUAUGAAUCGAAAUUUGAUGUGGCUUCUGGUAAUCUUCAAUUUCGUUAUGCUGUCGCACUUCAAUAUGUCCGGGGACUCUGUUGGGUUCUCAAGUACUACUAUCAAGGCUGUGCUUCCUGGAAUUGGUAUUUUCCCUACCAUUAUGCGCCUUUUGCGUCCGAUUUUGUAAAUAUACAGGGCCUGUCGACGACAUUCGAAAAAGGCACAAAACCGUUCAAUCCUUUGGAACAGCUAAUGGGUGUUUUCCCAGCAGCUAGCAGCUCACAUGUUCCGGAACCGUGGGCACAGCUAAUGUCCAAACCCGAAUCAACCAUAAUUGAUUUCUAUCCAGAAGAUUUCAAAAUUGACCUUAACGGAAAAAAGUUUGCGUGGCAAGGAGUUGCCCUGCUACCAUUUGUUGAUGAAAAUAGGCUUUUUAAGGCGCUCGGACCUCUCCACAUCCAGUUAACCGACGAGGAAGUACAACGUAACAAAAGAGGGGAUAAUAAUUUGUAUAUAAGUAAAUGUAGUCCUCAUUUCAAGACUAUAAAUAAACUCUACGAAGCUGGCGACAAUUCCCAAUUGAAAAACAGUCCUUCAUCAUUCGAUGGAAUGACUGGAACAAUUUCCAAAUCAGAGAUCAACACUGCGUUAAACGGCCAGUUGAAGUCACCAAUUCCUGGUUUGCCUGAUAUUAUGAAUAAUGAAGUUGUAACAACUGUUUUCAUGGAUCCGCAGUACGAAGAUAACUACAACUUUCUAGCUAUAAGGCUGCCCAACGCCGUGGAUCCUCCACAAGUUAUACAGGCGAACGAUCAUAAAAAUGGACCUGUCAUCGGCUUCGGAAAUAAUUCGCAAAGGGCUUACAUUCCUCCGGGCGGUCAAAGGCUAUUAUCGUCCAGCAUGAGAACGCAAAGAUUCGACAAUGGAUAUCAAAAUAAUGGAAGAAAUGGUGGAAAUUACAAUAAUCCCCCACCUCAAGGUAACUAUUCAAAUCAAAGCUACAAUAGGCCGUACAAUCAAAGAUACCAGAAUAAUAAUUAUCAACAACGUAAUAAUUAUAAUGGGCCAAGACAUGCUCCAUACCGACACCCAAAUAGAGGAAAUAAUUCGCAGCAUUCAAAUUAUCGACGAUUUUAAACGUUCUUGUAAUUGCAAUAGAAAUAUAUAUUGCCAUCAUGUAUACAAAUCUAUUCAAUUAUUUUGUAUCCAAAAACAAACAAAAUUUACUACAGACAUUUUAUAUAAAGCUGAUAAAUAAACAGAUUAAAAUCGGUGCAAAAAGUA